CAACCUUAAGCUGUAAAGAUGCCGGACCUAAAGUAUCUGUUGACUAGUCUGAGCCUGUAUUUCUUUGUAGGAAGUGUUCAAGCCAGAUGUCACAUCGAUUUGUCUCAUUUGGAAGGCAACAAUUUGUACCUAAGCAACCACAACGGAGUCUACGAUAUUCAGCGCAGUGAUAUUGUGGAAAUCGGUCAUUCGGUGCAUCUACUGUGCAAUGGAGGACACAUUUCACCCGCACUAGAGUGUAAAUCUAACAAUGUUUUCAGUCCAGCGCUAAGCUCAGCAGCAUGUGCACCAGCAAAACCUGUCGUGAUAGUGGUAUCAGAUACUUCUUGUUCCCCUCCGAGUUCUAUGUACGCCGUAGGGUAUACCUUCAAUGGAAACUUCAUGGAACUGUAUCGCAACUGUUAUGAUCACAACAGCUUGGCGUUCCAACAUUCCAUCUACAAGACGUAUCGCUACGUAAACUCCGCUUCACGUCCCCAUCCCCCCUGGGAGUCGGAUCAAUUAAGUGGUGGAUUUGAUAAUGCCUACGAAGGAAGAGCAACUCAAGCUUGCUUGCUCACUAACCUGGGUGCAUCACAGCCGCAGUGUAAAUUUGAUCGUGGCCACAUGACACCGGCUUCUGCUUUCAUAUCAAAAGCACUGAAGGAGUCAACCUUUAGGUAUUUAAAUGCUAUCCCCCAGUAUCAAGGAGUCAAUCGUGGCAAAUGGAAGACCGUUGAGACCUGGGUGAACAACAUGGUUAGGGGAAUGUAUGAUGAGACGCGUACAUACGAUGUCCUUAAGGUUUGCAUUGGGGCACUGGGAGUGCAUAGACUAAAACAUAAUAGAAAUAAUAACAUGAUACCAAUUUACCUGUUGGAUAAUAACAAAAUUCCCGUGCCAGAGUGGAUGUACAAGAUAGUAAGCCAUCUCUCCGGACAUAAAUGGGUGAUGUUGACCUACAACGACAGAAUAAGCCCCAGUGACAAGGCAAUUGAGGCCAUCUGCGAAGUGAUACCCUGUCAUCAGGGCCUUCAAUUUACUACAAGGCUUGCUGGACAUACUGUCUGCUGCGAGCCGUACCCUUUCAUUACAAAAAACGCUCCACACUUAACUGGUGUUUGCUGAAUUCGUCAAUCUACUUUCAUAAUUUGCUUUAAAAUUCUUCUGUACUUUAAAAUAUACAUAAUACAAAUUAAAAUGUAUUUGGAAAC